AUGGAUGGGACUGCUGAUGCCAAACCCGAGCCGACAGACGCGGCUGCGUCCAAAGUUUCAGAGCCUCAGGUGGCGGGCAAUCCAACUCCCACAGGCGAGGAUGCGAAGCCCUCAUCCACCGAGCCAGUGACGCCGGCACCAAAGGCUGUCAAGAAAAGGGCUGCCUCGGAUGGCGCUGCGGCCACCAAAGCUGCAAAGCGACAGAAGGUGGAGCUCACGGUUGGUGACAAAGGCGUUUUCUUCACGACCGUGAACACAGGCGGUGCUGCCAACGCAAAACGCGACCUUCAGAACCUGCUUGAGGAUGCGCAGGGUGCCGAUCCGAAAACGGCCAGGAAAGAGGAAACCUCGCCCCCGGGCAAGCCGAAGUUUGUGCCGUGCACAGAGGCGGGAAAGGGUAGCGGACUUCUCAAGCUGGUCUCCGACUCGCCGGAGCCCUCCAAGGCAAGCUUCAAUCUGUGCCCUCUGUGCACCCCAACAGCAAUGGCUGUGGAAGACAUUUGCAAGAACGACGAGGAGGAUCGUUGCGAGGGGAAUUCUGAGCUCCCGGACCUAUUGGAGCUGAUUGAAGUGGCCGAGAGCUCCACCGAGGAUGUCGCCCGAUUCGCAGAAGUGCUGCGGCAGGUCGGCCGUCGCGUGAAAGCGAGCCCAGAAGACCGGGAUUUGCUGAGCGACUUCGAAGGCAUCUCUCAGAUCUGUGAUGCCUUAAGUAAGGAGCCUCAUCAGUGGCAGGGAGAGGCAAUGCUGGCAUUCUGCCGGACGAUGCCCGACGUUUGCCGAACGAGUGUUGUGAAUCGUGCCUCACUCCGCGAUGCUGGAUUUCUGGCAGCUUGUAUUCGCCUGCUGCAUGGGGCAGCAUGCAAGAAAGACGAAGCAACAGCGGUGGCCGCGAGCACAGCCCUUGCUGCACUGUGCACCGCCAGCGAUGCCAACAAGCAGAUGGCAAUGGUUGCACACGAGGAGCCUUGUUCCGAGCAGAGUGGUCAACAUGGAGUGCUCCGUGUGCUGCUCGAUGUUCUGGAGAUGUUUCCCGACUCUGCGCAAGCACAAGCUGAGUCCAUGGCCGCGCUGCGGUCUCUGGUUGUGGAUGAUGACACCAGAAAAGCUGAAAUAGCACCUUCAGCUCUAGAAAACCGUGAGUUGCUACUCGGCGACGAGCUGUACCCAGAGGUAAAGCGUGUAGUGCAGAAUGCAUGCCAGCUUUCGCAGCACCAUCCGCAGAUUGUGAAGCUUGGCGAGCAAGCUUUGCUGCUUCUCCGUGAGAUUGCGAGAGGCCACGAUCGCAUACAGGAGAUCGCGAAGCCAAGCAACAAGCUUCUGGCAUUCGUACAAAAAUCGAUGGAAUCUUCGGAACCUCGCAUCGUUCGUGCAGCGAUGGCCGUGCUGCGAGCGUUCGCACUUUGCGAAGAUGUUCGAGACGAGCUUUCUUUGCAACUGGCCCGCAUUCAAGCGCAUUGA